UACUAGACUACUACUACAGUACGAUAUCACUUUGUGCCUUUUUCUCCCUUUGCCUCAUAUUUAUUACUCUUUUCUCUUCUCUUCUCUCACAAAUGGAGAAAGAAAUUAAAUAAACACUUUUUUUUUUUAAUUAAUGUGACGGAAGAAAUUAUAUAUCAAUCCAAACAAAUUUCCAGAAAAGAAAGGGUUUGGUUGCUCCACUACCCGCGGCGGACGGCGAUGGCUAAGACCGGUGUUUUCGAUUCCGAUCCGACGGCGAUUGCCAAAGCCAAAGAGCUGAAGCGUGAGAUGAGGAAGUUUCUCAUUAAGAUCGAAGACGAUGAUGAUUUAGGGGUUCAGACAAUCGAUCAGUUACAGGAUGCUUUGUCUGCGUUCAGAGAAGCCACGAUGAGGAAGAUUGCUAAAUCUUCUUCUUUAGAGAUGCUUGAGACGACUCUCCCUUGUCCUCAGGACUUUCGCUGUCCUCUCUCUAAUGAGCUCAUGAGGGAUCCUGUCGUUUUGGCUUCUGGUCAGACAUAUGACAAAUUGUUUAUCCAGAAAUGGCUGAGCUCAGGCAAUCGAACAUGUCCCAAGACUCAGCAAGUUCUGCCUCACACGGCUUUAACUCCCAAUCUCUUAAUCCGUGAUAUGAUCUCAAAAUGGUGUAAGAAGAUUGGGCUAGACACCAAGAACCAGUUCAAUUCCAACCUUGUAAAUGAAGAAGAAGCUGUGACAAGAUCAGAUCGUGAGAUUUUCAAUUCCUUGCUCUGUAAAGUCUCGUCUUCAAUUCUUCAAGAUCAGAAAUCUGCUGCCAAGGAGCUAAGGCUCCUGACCAGGAAGGGUACAGAGUUCAGAGCCCUUUUCGGCGAGUCUCCAGAUGAAAUCACCCGGUUGCUUAAUCCCUUGUUACACGGGUCAAACCCUGAUGAGAAUCUUCAAGAAGAUGUGGUCACUACAUUGUUGAACAUAUCAAUACACGAUGACAACAAUAAGAAGCUUGUAUGCGAAAAUCCUAAUGUCAUUCCCCUCCUGAUCGAUGCAUUGAGGCGUGGAACGGUAGCCACGAGAAGCAAUGCAGCUGCAGCGGUAUUCACUCUGUCUGCGCUCGAUUCCAACAAAGUGCUUAUAGGGAAAUCGGGGAUCCUGAAACCGCUUAUCGAUCUCCUAGAGGAAGGGAAUCCAUUAGCUAUCAAAGACGUAGCUGCAGCGAUCUUCACACUGUGUAUUGCCCAUGAAAACAGGAGUAGGGCCGUAAGAGACGGAGCUGUAAGGGUUUUAGGUAAGAAAAUCUCGAAUGGGCUGUAUGUCGAUGAGCUUUUAGCUAUAUUGGCAAUGCUUGUUACUCACUGGAAGGCUGUGGAGGAACUGGGUGAACUCGGUGGGGUUUCUUGGUUGCUGAAGAUCACUCGAGAGAGCGAAUGCAAGCGAAACAAAGAGAACGCGAUUGUGAUACUGCAUACUAUAUGUUUCAGCGACAGGACAAAGUGGAAAGAGAUCAAAGAAGAGGAGAAUGCUCAUGGAACAAUAACAAAGCUUUCGCGUGAAGGAACCUCAAGGGCACAGAGGAAAGCAAAUGGGAUCUUGGACAGGCUGAGAAAAGCUAUGAAUCUUACACACACAGCCUGAGAGAGAGAAGCCGUAAAAUCCGCAAUGUAAAUUAUCUAUAUCUUCGCUCUUCUUUUUUUUUUUUACUUUCUUUUGCUUUAUUUCGCUUCUUAUGGCUUUCAGAAUAUUUUUGUAAAUUAUUCAUAUCUUUAGGAUCUGAAUGAUAUGGGUUUUCGUAUAUGAGAUGUAAGUAGAUAUCUGUGUGAAUAGUUUUUUUUUUUCUUUUC